AGCGAACGCUGGUUAAAAAAAAAGGAAGGGAAAAAACCACACACCCACUUACAUCCAGCACAGUAACUUGACAAAAUCCCACUGAGACGGAAGCGCUCACUGACAGUCACAGAGACAAGUAAGGAGAAAAGAGUUUGUGAGAGAGACCGACCAUGUCGGCACAGAGGAAGGGAGUGGAAGCAAAGCUGCAAAAAUGUGCCUUCUGCAGGACCAACCAGGACAAGGAGUGUGGACAGCUGUUAGUGUCGGACAACCAGAAGGUGGCAGCCCACCAUAAGUGCAUGCUUUUCUCCUCCGCCCUGGUUACAUCUCACUCAGACAGCGACGAGAACAUCGGGGGAUUUUCUGUCGAGGACGUGAGAAAGGAGAUCAAGAGAGGGAAUAAACUUAUGUGUUCGUCCUGCCACCGGCCUGGUGCCACUAUUGGCUGUGAUGUGAAGACAUGCCGGCGGACGUAUCACUACUACUGUGCAAUAUGGGAUAAGGCCCAGGUCAAAGAGAAUCCCUCACAGGGGAUCUACCUUGUGUAUUGUCGCAAACACCGGGAUGCCUCUCAGGAUGCCAGUGGAGAUGAUCAGGAACAGGGAGGUGUGGCCAAUGACUCAGACUCCUCUCCUCAGCGGAGUAGGGGCCGUGGGAGAUUAGAGAAAGGGCGAAUCAAAGCUGGUUCCCAUGGCCAAUCGGAGGACACCCGCUCAACCUCCUCUCAAGGCGUAGAUGAUGAGAGCUCCUCGCAUAGAGACAGGUCCCCUCUGAGGGGCUCUGGGGACGGUGGCCUUCGCUGUGGCUUCUGCCACACCGGAGAGGAGGAGAACGAGUUGCGGGGCGUGCUUCAUGCAGAUAACGGAAAAAAGAUCGCUGCACAUUACAAGUGCAUGCUGUUCUCAUCAGGAACCGUUCAACUCACUACCUCCUCACGGGCUGAAUUUGGGAACUUUGACAUCAAAACGGUCAUCCAGGAAAUCAAGAGGGGGAAGAGAAUGAAAUGUACACUGUGUGCCCAGUUGGGAGCCACCAUUGGCUGUGAGAUCAAAGCCUGUGUGAAGACUUACCAUUAUCACUGCGGCCUGCAGGACAAGGCAGAGAACAUGGCUCGUGGCAUCUACAAGCUGUACUGUAAGAAUCACAGUGGGAAUGAGGAGCGGGAUGAGGAGGACGAGGAGAGGGAGAGUUGCAGUAGAGAGAGGGCGGCCAUUGACCAUAGGGGAACUCUGCCUCCGCCACAAGUCAAUGGCAACUAGGUGAUGGUUAAGGAUUGCAAAAGGAUAAGAAGAGAGGGGAUAUCCAAGAUGGAGCAAAGCUAUUUUUCUAUUGAGUUCUACUCCCUAAGUAAGGGGCUAUUGCAAGCCCCUUCAUUCACCCUUUCAGUUUCAAACAACGGACACACACAGCCCUGCAGGUCAUCAGCCAGAUGUGAACAUGUCAGCCCUUGGCUUCUUCACAAACCACUUUCAUAUUGUCAGGUUUAAUGGAUGAGAAAUGGCACAGACUGACUGGAGUACUCUGCUGAGAGCAAAACACUGCUGCAGUGCUGGGUGAAAGACAAAGCAUUGGAACCGUGGUCAGUGCUACUCAGUUGUGGUCUCCCUCUAAUGCAUGUUGUAUUGCUCUUAAAGAAGACAUGACUGGACAAAGUUAUCGACAUUCACUGUAUCUGGCUUCCCAUGUGCCCCUAAGUGUUCUAGUCCUAUACAAACAAUAUUAUUCUUCCUCUAGCUCUUCUUCAGGACUCUCUUCAAGGAUGCUGCCUUCUACUCAUUUAAAUGUUUCUCUUUCAAAUCAUGGAAUUUGAUUUACUUUGUUGUUGCUGUAAUCUUCUGUCUGAAGAAAUUCCUUUUUACUUUUCUCUUAUUUUUCUUUGAAAUGUGUCUUAUUUUACUAUUGUAUAAUGAAUAAUAUUGAAUGUCCUUGGCUUUAUUUAUAGUCAGGAUUAAAGUAAAUUUGCUAGCAUGCAGCACUUGGAUUGUUUAUCUUAUCACAAUUUUUUAAAUAUUUCUAUUGCUGCAACAUGCCCAUGCAGACCUCUUAGGAAAAAAUAUUGACUUAAGUUUUUGUACUAUUCUCAUUUUCUCAGCCUCCACAGUUGUAUUAGUAAAGGGUCACAAUUAUAUACUGAACAAAAAUAUAAACGCAACAUGCAACAAUUUCAGAUUAAGAUUUUACUGAGUUACAGUUCAUAUAAGGAAAUAAUUCAAUUGAAAUAAAGUAAUUAGGCCCUAAACAAUGAAUUUCACAUGACUGGGAAUACAGAUAUGCAUUUGUUGAUCACAGAUACCUUAAAAA